GGCAGCUAUAUAUAAAUCAGUCAGACGCAUGGUGCUUGUCACUUCGUCCUGUUAUUUGGAGCGGGUCUUCAGAAUAGGUUUCAGGAGAAAAGAAAAAUAACCGAACUAUGCGAAACUAUUACAGAUCAUUGAAUUUAAAUGUAUUUUCCACAAAUUUGGAAAUUGCGGCUUCUAAUAUAUAUUAAAAAAAAGUUUCCAAGUUAGAUGCCAAAGAUAAGAUACAAACUGCGUGUGGGUGUUCUCUUUAAACUUCAGACAAUCGCAUCAGGAUGUUUUAGUUGGAUUCUACUGAUGGCUGGUUAAUGGUUAUGUUCUCAAUUAGUUCUUUUAACUCCGAGCCAGAAAACUGUCCUAAGGAACUUCUGGAUGCAUGGAGAAGGAAGCAUGGCCAAACGGAGGUAUGGAAUUCGAACAAAUUCUUUAAUUGGGAUACUUUUCGGUAUCAUCAGUGGCAUGUUACUGGCCAGUUGGAGUGGUUAUCGGUUUAUCACUUGUGGAUUAUCCCAUGGAAGAUGCUGUAUCUUAGGUCAACUUUCCAAUGAUCCUGUACAAGUAACGGAUACAUCACAGCCUUAUGCUUCAACUUCAUGCCAGCAAACUCAGGAACCACAGAAUGUUCGAAAAUCUACGAAAAACUUCAUACUUAUUGGUGUCAUGACUGCUAAAAAGUACCUAAAUACCCGAGCAAUUGCUGCGUACAAAACUUGGGCCCGUUCGAUAAACGGAGAAGUGAUUUUCUUUUCUAGUGAAACUUCUCAAGGAAAUGGUGAUCUCCCGGUAGUCGGUCUGCGAGGCGUUGAUGAUACUUACCCACCUCAGAAGAAAUCAUUCAGUAUGUUAAAGUACAUGCAUGAUCAUUAUAUUGAUGAAUUUGAGUGGUUUAUGAGGGCAGAUGAUGAUGUAUACAUCAAAGGAUCACGCCUCCAAAGUUUUUUAAGAUCGAUUAAUAGUUCAAAACCACAAUUUAUAGGCCAAGCUGGGCUUGGGACCAAAGAAGAGUCUGGUCUAUUAAAACUUAAAGAAAAUGAAAACUUUUGUAUGGGAGGACCUGGUAUAGUGUUUAGUCGGGCUACUUUAAAACUAGUGGCCAGCCAUGUCGACCAUUGUAUGCAGAGUCCGCUCACUUUACAUGAAGAUGUAGAAAUUGGAAGGUGUGUCCAGAGAUAUGCUGGGAUUUCCUGCACUUGGGCUUUUGAGAUGCAGCAUCUUUUCUUUCACAACUACAAAGAGGAGAAAGGAUCAUUCACAUACAGCCUGAACAAAGCAGAUCUAAAUCAAGCCAUCACUUUACAUCCUAUCAAGGAACCAACACAUCAAUUCCGCGUUCAUAAUUACAUUUUAGGACAACGCAUAUCGAGCUUACGCCAAAAGACCCUGAAUCUACACCGGGAGAUAAAUUCAGUAAAUCAGUUGCUAGGGGAACAAGACUCUGAGAAACCAAACAAUCUUGGUUUAAGGACUUCUAUAACAAAAUAUAAUCCAAAAGAUGAGGAGGAUGUUUUUGAGUGGGAUUUUUUUACUAGACCCUUGUAUUCAGCUGCUGACGUUAAUCCUAAACGAGGAAUGCCUGCUCAUAUGCGUGUAGCACUUGAUGACGUUAUACAGCAGACCAUACACAUGAUCAAUGGAAAUGCCAGACAGCGUGGCCGUCAUAUUGAUUUUAAAGAAAUUCUUUAUGGUUACCGGAGAUUACAUCCAUAUUUAAGCUGUGACUAUAUUCUUGACCUGCUUUUAAUUUACAGGAAACACAAGGGACGUCGAAUGACUGUCCCCGUUCGAAGACAUGCAUACUUACAGCAGAAUUUUGGCCCUAUGGAAAUUUUGGAAGACUAUUUUCCAUCAAAUAAAGAAGAAUACAUUUCAUACGAUUCUGUUCAUCCUUUUGCACAUCUCUUUACAGACUAUAAAUCUCCAGAACGGACUAACGUUGAUAAAACCAAAGAAACUAUACAUAUCGUUCUAUCAUUAUCUGGUCGGUAUGAAACCUUUAAAAGAUUUAUGAAAAACUAUGAACAAAUUGUUCUAAUUGCAAAAGAAAAAGUUCACUUAAAUAUUGUUCUUUUUGACAGUACAGAUGAUACAGCCUUACAGAAAUCUAUAAAUUUGAUUGUCCAGUAUCAACAACGCUAUGGUGCUAAUUCAGUUGAACUUAUUGAAGCUAAUGGAGCAUUUUCUCGGGCUAAGGCAUUGAAGUUAGGUUCAUCUGAUACAAAACCUAAUUCUCUACUAUUUUUUAUGGAUGUCGAUAUUCUCGUUAGUAGGGAUGUUUUUCAACGUGUUCGUAUGAACACCAGACAGGGACUUCAAGUAUAUUUUCCAAUUGUGUUCAGUCAGUUUGAUACAAGAAGUUUUUGCCCUGAUCCAGUUAAUUGCAAAUUUGAUAUUAGAGAUUUCCGUAAUGACUAUGGGAAUUGGCGACAGUUUGGUUUUGGAAUUGCAAGUAUAUAUAAAAGUGAUCUUGAAGCUGUUGGUGGUUUUGAUACGAGUAUUCAAGGAUGGGGCAAAGAGGAUGUUGAUCUUUACCAAAAAUUUAUCAAUAGUAACUUAACUAUUUUUCGCACUGUUGACCCUGGGUUGUAUCAUGCAUUCCAUCAUGUUUCUUGUGAUCCUGCCUUGGAACCAGCGCAGUAUCAAAUGUGUCUUGGUUCUCGUGCUUCUGGUUACCAGUCUGUUCAUGAAUUAGCAAAACAAUUUUAUAGCCAGCCCCAUCUCUUAAAUAGCAGACCAAUGGAUAGUAAUCAUAACUCCUGAUAAAGGCUUUUAUCUCUUUAGGUUCCUUUUUUUAAUUUUUUUAUUUCCAUGUACCUGCAGAUACACUUUCGUUAAAUCAUGUGUGAAUAUAUGCUUGUGUGUCUGAUAACAUCUUUGGUAGUCUCAUUAUUGUGUAAAUAUAUUACAUAUUGUUUUUUUUAACAUCAAGAUAUAUAUAUUAUUACCAUUUCAAAAAAAAAAGUGACAUUUGCUCUUAUUUUUUUUCCCUCCCCCAAAAUUAAUAACUUUGAUUUUGGUGGAAGAUAUGUUGUAAUAUUUCUUGCAUUUGAGUUUUUUUUUUUUUUUUCACAUAAGAAAUAUUUAUUUCUCUUUAUGUCUUAAAAAAAAUAAAUAAAUUCUAAAAAAAGAAAAAAGAAAACAUCAGAUCAU